UUCAUGUUUACUUGUUUUUAAAGGGUGUGUUGCUUCUUGGGUGUAACCAAAUAUGGUUCAUCAUGUUUUAAGGUUGGAAAAUACCCAACACUUUAUUUACCUUUCCUUUCUGGCUGAGCAUUGUAACAGUGGAAAGUAAGUGGAGAGCCAGAUAAUAGUGAGCUUCGAUUACAGCCCCUUCCCAGAUGAGCAUCUUUUCUUCAGAUCUCCAUACUGGCUGAGUUUUUGGAGGCUCCCUGCUCACGUUUGCCACAGUACAGAAUGGUUCUUUGCAUCAGAAGGAUACAGUUCAUGACAGUGACUUUGAGCCCUACCUUUCUGGACAGUCCAAUCCGAGUAACAGUUACCCCUCGAUGAGUGACCCCUACCUGUCCAGCUACUACCCACCAUCCAUUGGAUUUCCUUACUCCCUCAAUGAGGCACCGUGGUCCACUGCUGGAGACCCUCCGAUCCCGUACCUUACCACCUAUGGACAGCUCAGUAAUGGAGAUCAUCAUUUUAUGCACGACGCGGUUUUUGGGCAGCCUGGGGGCCUGGGGAACAAUAUCUAUCAGCACAGAUUUAAUUUUUUCCCCGAAAACCCUGCAUUCUCAGCAUGGGGGACAAGUGGUUCUCAAGGGCAGCAGACUCAGAGCUCAGCAUAUGGAAGCAGUUACACCUACCCACCCAGCUCCCUGGGUGGCUCGGUUGUUGAUGGGCAGACGGGCUUUCACAGCGACACACUCAGCAAGGCUCCUGGGAUGAACAGCUUGGAACAGGGCAUGGUGGGCCUGAAGAUUGGGGAUGUCACCACCUCUGCCGUCAAGACAGUGGGCUCAGUUGUCAACAGUGUGGCACUGACGGGUGUCCUUUCUGGCAACGGUGGGACAAAUGUAAGCAUGCCAGUUUCAAAACCAACCUCUUGGGCUGCCAUUGCCAGCAAGCCUGCAAAACCACAGCCUAAAAUGAAAACAAAGAGCGGGCCUGUGAUGGGGAGUGCCCUGCCUCCUCCUCCCAUAAAGCAUAACAUGGACAUUGGUACCUGGGAUAACAAAGGACCUGUACCAAAGGCCCCUCAGCAGGCACCGUCCCCCCAGUCUGCCCCACAGCCCCAGCAAGUGGCUCAGCCUCCUGCAGCUCAGCCUCCCACCUUGGCUCAACCACAGUAUCAGAGCCCUCAGCAGCCUCCCCAGACUCGCUGGGUUGCCCCUCGCAAUCGAAGUGCAGCAUUUGGUCAGAGUGGAGGGGCCAGCAGUGAUUGUAACUCUUUUGCAAAUACCCAGCCUAAUUCUGCCCCAAGUGUAGAGUCCCACCCCAUCCUCGAGAAACUGAAAGCUGCCCACAGCUACAAUCCUAAAGAGUUUGACUGGAAUCUUAAGAGUGGACGGGUGUUCAUCAUAAAGAGCUACUCUGAGGAUGACAUUCACCGCUCCAUCAAGUACUCCAUUUGGUGUAGCACAGAACAUGGCAAUAAGCGCCUAGAUAGCGCCUUCCGCGCCAUGAGCAGCAAGGGGCCUGUCUACCUGCUCUUCAGUGUCAAUGGGAGUGGGCAUUUCUGUGGAGUGGCUGAGAUGAAGUCCCCUGUGGACUACGGCACUAGUGCUGGGGUCUGGUCUCAGGACAAGUGGAAAGGGAAGUUUGAUGUGAAGUGGAUUUUUGUCAAAGAUGUGCCCAAUAAUCAGCUCCGGCACAUCAGGCUGGAGAACAACGACAACAAACCGGUCACAAACUCCCGAGACACACAGGAGGUGCCCCUAGAAAAAGCAAAGCAAGUGCUGAGAAUUAUCGCUUCCUACAAGCACACAACCUCCAUCUUUGAUGACUUCUCUCACUACGAGAAGCGCCAGGAGGAGGAGGAGGUGGUGCGAAAGGAGCGGCAGAAUCGAAACAAACAAUAAGGAUGAACCAGUUUCUUACGUAGUUAACAGUUGGCUUUGAAAGCAGUUUGAAACUGUAUGCGUGGUGCUGUUUCUGGUGUCAGCUCCAGCGUGUCACCCUUGUGCGAGACUCAGUGUUGCAUCUAUAUCUUCCUUAUAGUUCAUUUUUGCUGAUGGAUCUGUGUUCAUUUGUAUUUUUUCUAUGUAUUACAAUAUUAUAGAACUCACUAAUAAAGGAAUAUUUUUUGUCAGCAUAUCAGACUGACCUAAUGCGAAAUAUAAAUAUCCUUAAAAACAAAAUGAAAAAUCUAAUACACCCCAAAGAUUUUUUUAUUUUGGCAGAAAUUAUGUUCUUAUUCUUAUAUCCAGUCAUUUAAUAUUUCUAUAGGAGACUUCAAAGUAUUCACCCCUGCACUGCUUUUUUGCAAACAGAAGAACUCAUGAGCUGUUUGUGGUUUAGAGUGUGCUGUUAAAAUCUCACAGUACCAAAAUCUGAAGGUUGGUGGCUGCCCUGUUUGGCUGGUUCACCAUUUUUACUGUUCAUGCUGUCGGAAAUGCUCAUUUGCCCAUUUGGUUUUCUGGUAGGCAGAAAGAUAAACUUUAGUUUUUCAAAUAUGGUGACUUCGGGUUGUGUCCCUGGAAAACACCCUCCACAGAGGUCACCUGCCCGGCAGCUGCCUUGCCCUGGCUGCCCGCAGUCUCACUGUACUGAGGAUGCGGAAGGUGUUUGGGGUCUGAUUCCUUGUGUAUGUUCUUAGUUGUUUGCAGGUCAUUUUUAAUUUUACCCCUUUCUUCACUGAUAACCCUAACGUCAGCUGAAGUUUCUACUAAUAAUGCUGAGCUUUAAAUGUAGGAUCUGAUAGUACAGUGUGAUGGAUGAUGCUGCCAACUAAAUUUCAUGUGUGUGUCUGAUUUUUUUUUUCCUGUUGAAUGGGUUAAAAAGCAAAGAACAAAAAACUCCUUUUAGGAAAUAAUUUGCUGUCCUGUGUUGUGGAAUGAGGGGCCGUUAAGGAGCUGCCCUGCUACCUGGAGUUGGAAUUUAGCAUGAAAGUGGUGCUCAUGCCCGACGCCCUCGCACACGAAUCUGCACGCACCCACUGUAGAGGAUCCUUACUGUCUUAGAGCAGAUACCUUCCAAAACUAUUUACUCCAAAAGACCCUCUGAGUUAAAAAUCUAAGCUGUAUUCUUUAGACUUGUAUUUGGAGCGCGUCACUUCCUCUGAGCUGUUACUGCCUGUACAGAUCCUGGGCAGCAUCUGGUCGCUGUCCUCAAGAGAAUACAAGCCUUAAUAAACACCUGUUAGCAA